GGAGCAGCCGUCCAGACAGACACAGAUCAUGAGUGGCGGCUAUGAUCUCAACCUCUUCGCCAGCCCUCCCGACUGCAACUUCCUGUGCUCCAUCUGCCACGGGGUUCUCAAGAGGCCAGUGAGGUUGCCAUGCAGCCACGUCUUCUGCAAGAAGUGCAUCUUCCAGUGGCUAGCCAGACAAAAAACCUGUCCAUGCUGCAGGAAAGAGGUGAAAUGGAGAAAGAUGGUCCAUGUGAAUAAACUCUGGAAAACUAUUGGCCGUCUGGAAGUCAAGUGCAAGAAUGCCGAAGCUGGCUGCUUGGUGACAUGUCCCCUGGCCCAUCGCAAGAGGCACCAGGACUCAUGCCCGUUUGAGCUGAUGGCCUGCCCCAAUGAGGACUGCACGGCACGGGUGCCGCGUAGGGCCCUGGCUGAUCACCAGCAGCGCUGCCUGCAUGGUGCCCAGCAGCGCUGCCCGCUGGGCUGCGGAGCCACCCUGGGCCCGGCUGAACGUGCACGCCACAGCUGCUACCGCGAGCUGCGCGACGUCUGGAGGCAGCGCCAGGAGCGCAGCCGAACCCUGGUGCUAGGCCUGCUGCAGCGCAUGCGCAAGGUGCAUCGCACCACCAGCCUCAUCCGCUGGCAGCUGGCCCAGCUCGGAGACUUCCUGGAGGAGGAUGACGCCCUGCUCGUGGGUGUCCCCCAGGAGGAGGCCGAGGCCACCCCAGAAGGCAGCACUGGGGCUGAAGUGUGGGGGGCCCAGCGCCAACGUACCUCGUAAAUAGAGGGGUAAAUAAAUGUGGAGCCCAGGCGUGGCCCGCCCCGCCACGCCAUCUCUGUG